AUGAAGAAACGAACUCUGACCCGAGCGCGAGUUAAACAUAGUUUUUCUGUGCUCUUGCAGGAUGAGGGCAGCGAUAACGAGGACGCCCGGAGUCCGGAGAACGCAGACAGCGGCUCUGAUCACGAGGCUCGCGGGCGGGGCGAGGAGCGAUUCGAGCGGAGCGCCGCGCGAACCACGAACAGCGGCGAGGACGAGGAGGGCCGCUCUCCUGCCAAGCGAAGAGCGAGCGCCUCUGACGUAGAGGAGGACGAGGAGGAGAAACCUCACCCGGCCAGCGACUCGGAGCAGGAGGAGACCAAGAGACGCAGCCCCAAAUCGGACGAGGCCAGCGAUUCAGACGAGGACAAACCCAAACAGAAAACUGUGAGAGACUCUGAUGCAGAAGGAGAGGAGGAGGAGGAGGAGGGAGGGAGGAAGGAGGGGAAGUGGAAAGCUGUGAUGAACUCAGACAGUGAGGAUGAGGACGAGAGACCGAAACAGGAAGCAGGAAGUGAUGAGGACGAAGGGCCUAAACGACGGGCUCUGGCCAGUGACGACGAUGAGGAUGAUGACGAUGAGAAGCCUGUGAAGAGAAAGAAGGCUGUUCUGUCAGACAGUGAUGAAGAUGAGGAUAAAGAGGUGAAGAAGAGCAGGCUGGUGUCUGAUGAAGACUCUGGCAGUGAUGAAGGCCCUGGAGCUCCUGAUAAAAGUUUAGCGGCUAAACUGAAGGAGCUGGGCUCAGACAGCGAGGAUGAGGAGGACACGAUGAAGAGAGACGCGGGGAAGAAGGACGAGAAAGCUCUGUUCGGCAGCGACAGCGACUCCGGCGACGAUGAGGAAGAGAAAAUGAUCGCAGACAUCUUUGGAGAGUCUGGUGACGAGGAAGAGGAGGAGUUUACGGGCUUCAAUCAAGAGGAGCUGGAGGCAGAGCGGCCGCAGACUCAGGCGCCGGGGCAGAAAGGACUGGAGAACGACUCUGAUUCAGAUGAUGAUGUGGACCGGGGAGGAAAAGACAUGUCCUUCAUGUCAGACUUUGAGAUCAUGCUGGCCCGUAAGAAAGCUCAGAGCGGCAAACGCAGACGCAAUCGAGACGGAGGGACGUUCAUCAGCGACGCCGAUGAUGUCGUGAGCGCCAUGAUCACCAAAAUGACAGAAGCUGCAGAGGAGGACCGGACUCUGAACAGUCAGAAGAAACCGGCUCUGAAGAAGCUGAUGCUGCUGCCCACAGUGGUGAUGCAUUUAAAGAAGCAGGAUCUGAAGGAGACGUUCAUAGACAGCGGCGUGAUGACGGCCAUAAAGGAGUGGAUCAGUCCUCUCCCAGAUAAGAGUCUCCCAGCGCUCAAGAUACGAGAGGAGCUCCUCAAGAUCCUGCAGGAACUGCCGAGUGUGAGUCAGGAAACACUGAAGCUCAGCGGGAUCGGACGAGCCGUCAUGUACCUCUACAAACACCCCAAAGAGUCUCGACCGAACAAAGACCUCGCGCUCAAACUCAUCAACGAGUGGUCUCGGCCCAUCUUUGGCCUGUCGUCCAACUACAAGGGAAUGACGAGAGAAGAGAGAGAGCAGAGAGACCUGGACCAGCAGAUCGCCCCACGCAGACGCCUCAGUGAGCCUCAGACGUCUGAGAGACAGGAAGAGCCAGACGUCUUUGCCCCAGCGCUCAGCUCCGGAGGACAGACUCCUCGCAGAGAUCUAGAGAAAGUGCUCACCGGAGAAGAGAAGGCGCUGCGUCCGGGAGACCCGGGGUUCUGCGCUCGAGCUCGUGUGCCCAUGCCGUCCAAUAAGGAUUACGUGGUUCGGCCCAAGUGGAACGUGGAUGUGGACUCGAACAGAGCUCCUCUGAAGAAGGGUUUGUCGCGAGUGGAUAAACAGAUGCGGCGUUUCGCCGACAUCAAGCGCUUGACGAAGACGGGUCAUGCGGUGAAGAUCAGCGUGGAGGGGAACCGCAUGCCCCUUUGACCUCCGCCGCUCCCGUGUUUCUGUCUGAUUCUGUCUUUGAUCCUCCUGCGGUUCUGCUCUCAGAUUCCCACAAUGCCGUGCGUCUGUGCUGUAGCUGCGUGAGUUUAGUGUUCAGAGCCCGGAGAGCUGCUCUGGGAACGUUUGCUUCUGAUGUAUCUUUCGUAAUAAAGAGUUUCCAUGUCUGACAUUUUA